AGAGUGUGUGUGUGUGUGUGUGUGUGUGUGUGUGUGAGAGAGAGAGAGAGAGAGCAGUGGACCCGCAGGGAUAUUGUGUUUACACCGGAACUGGAUCUUUAUUUUCCUUUUGGGAAAAAUCUGUUAAUCUCAGUAUAGCGUGUGCUGUGUGCUGUAUGCUGUGUGUUGUGUGUGUCCUGACUGUUACAGAGAGACAGUGUGCUGUGGUCCUGACUGGUUACAGAGAGAGAGAGAGAGAAACAGAGAGAGACAGACAGUGUGCUGUGGUCCUGACUGGUUACACAGAGAGAGAGAGAGAGAGAGAGAGAGAGAGACAGAUAGUGUGCUGUGGUCCUGACUGGUUACAGAGAGAGAGAGAGAGAGACAGAUAGUGUGCUGUGGUCCUGACUGGUUACAGAGAGAGAGAGACAGACAGUGUGCUGUGGUCCUGACUGGUUACAGAGAGAGAGACAGAGACAGAGACAGAGACAGACAGUGUGCUGUGGUCCUGACUGGUUACAGAGACUAACCUGUUACAGACAGACAGUAAAGUUGUGUUUUAUACGGAGUUUAUUUAUCACCUCCUGUUCGGCUCGAUGGGGAACUGUCUCAGCUCUCAGAGUGCUGAUGAUCUAUCACCUCUUAAUGAGUCUGAGGGAGCAAGUUUACCAGGAGAACCUCCACCUCCCUAUCAGGAGCAUGUGCAGGUGCCUGUGUACCACCCCACACCCAGUCAGACCCGUCUGGCCACGCAGCUGACGGAGGAGGAGCAGGUACGGAUCGCUCAGCGCAUCGGCCUCAUCCAGCACCUCCCACGCGGCAUCUUCAACCCGGGAUCCGAACCUGCUGACAAGAAGAUCAAAGAGUGUGUGAUCUGCAUGCUUGACUUUGAGUACGGAGACCCGAUCCGGUUUCUGCCGUGCAUGCACAUCUACCAUGUGGACUGUAUCGACGCUUGGCUCAUGCGCUCCUUCACCUGCCCCUCCUGCAUGGAGCCGGUGGACGCCGCGCUGCUCUCCUCCUACGAGACCAACUGAGCCGCGCUCGCUACCACCAAGACGCGUCAGCACCAGGAGCAUGCCAAUCGAGUCAGCUUUGGGUCACAGGGGGGUGGGAGGGGUGUGUGUGUGAGUGUGUGUGUGAAGAAACGAGUGUUGGUCUGAGGAACCGCUGACCAAACUGGCAUGGGGACGAAUGCAGGCCUCGUUAUGAUCAUUUCUUGGCCGAAUCUUUACAUUUAAAUCCAGUCGAUUAAAAAUGCGAUCACUUUAUUAAACCCUUUUCUUUUCAAAAUGUGCAAUACACACGAGGAGGAAGAAACCUACCGUGUUUGAUUGAGCCUCUCUUCACUAACAUUGACGCUGCUGGUGUCUCACGUCCUGCUGAAGCACAGAGUUCUCGAAUCAGAGACAGACUGGAAAUGUGAGAAGUGAAAGCGGCGUGUCCGACAUGUCCGUCUAAAGUUUGUCCUUAACGCACCUCGUUAACCUCGGCAGAUCGUUAACAAGCUGAAAUAAGAACACAAACAGAACCGAAAUAGGAAAUACCAAGUUUUUUUUAGUGCUCUUCAUAAAUUUAUUAUUAAAACUUUAAUUUCAUAUUAAUGUAGAAAAACUGUGAUACUGUUGUACAUGUCAUGCAGUGCAGAUGUCUGAUCUUUGUUCAUUCCAGGCUUGAUUUUUUUUUCUGUCCCUGAAAUUGGCUCCGCCCCAUCCCAUAGAGAACUGCUCAGCCACUUUUUUAUUUUUGGGGCUAAAAUUGAUAAAGACGUCUUAGUGUUUGUAUUAUAAAUGUAAAAUCACUUUUCAUGCAGCAGAGGGCGCUGAAAACUUCAAAACGCACCUUUAAAAUACACAAAUGCACCAUGUAAAUAGGAGCUUGUCGUGCCAGGAGUGUUGCCAGAUUGGGCACGAUCACUCUUUUAAUGUUCGUUCUGGUGAGUCCUUGCUGUAUAUUUUUUUUUUUUUUUUUUUUUUUUUUUUUUAUAAACCCCUCAGUGAAGCUCAUCGAGCAGAUAGUUAUGUUUAGAUUAGACGUUGGUGUGUUUUGUUUUAUCGUGGAACUCGGUUCCUGUGCUGCUGUUUUCUUCUUUCGCUCUCGGGUUGCCAGAUGCUGUUUCUUAUUUUUGUGCCAAAUCUGAGAUUUCAAAUCAGAGUAAUAAAAAUGAAACCAUUAAAAAAAGGACAUCUCACUCCGAAUCUCCUUUGAAUAUUUUCUGCCUUACUUAAUGACAAUGUACAUAAAGCUCUAUCCACUUGGUUGUGAACCUUCACCUUCAGUCGGGUGUGUUUUUGUCACGCGUGUUUGAGCGUCACACCGAGAGUCAGACGUUCGGACGAUACGAUCGUGUAUGUACGCUUUUCUGUACUUGCUUGUAAAGAGCUGAAGAUUUAACGUGAUCCUUCUUUCUCCCUUUUUGUCUUUUGUAUUUUGAAAGAGAGAAAAAGAUUCUCGGUUUUGAUACGGCUCGAUGUAGCGUCUCUUCGAUCUUCGGCAUAAAGAAAAAUAAAUUGGCUGUUCUGUUCUGUGUCACACGGUGAGACGUCUAAUCUGAAAGAGAGAGGAUUUCUCACGACUUCUUGUGUAGCGCUAAAAUGAGUUCAGUUCGUUGUACUGCUCAGUGACUGAGUGAGCGCUGAGUACACAAAACGGGCUUUAUUUACUCUUGUCCUGUGCUAACCGGAUCCUUAUAAAAAAUAAAAAAACCACCAUUUUCAUUUCUGACCACUUCAGAUUUUUUAUGUUCACGAUCUCAACAGAUUUUUUUGCAGCGGAAAUGUUUCGUACUUUUAAUUUUUUCUCUGAUUAUUUAUGUAGUAAUCGUGUAGUUUACAGUUAUUAGACUGUUUCUUUCUUGAGAAACUGUUUAGUUUCUUUAACGAUCGCAGCUGGUUGUGUUUUCAUGGGGGGGAAAAACAGAUCAUUGAUUGUUGUCGUUAUCUUUGGGGAAAUGUUUUGAAGCGGUCGAUUUUGUUGUGUCGAGAAAUUGUUUUGUUUGUUCGAGAUUUUGAAAUGCUGUGUUGUUGUUGUCUCGAAAGCGAUGCUUAAGAAAACAUUGCUUUCUGAAAGUGUCAAAGAAUUUUGUUGUCUGUGGAAAAGGUUUGAUUCUAACAAGGUCUCAGAUUGUUGUUGCGGGAAAAUAACGUUUUAUUUUUCGAGAUCUAAGAUGGCGUUUUCUUAACGAAAAUAUUUUAUUUUCUCAAAAUCCCAGACAAAUCUAUUUUUAUCUAUGGGAAAUAUUAUUAUUAUUAUUAUUAUUAUUAUUAUUAUUAUUAUUAUUAUUAUUAUUGAGAUCUCAGAUAAUUAGUUUCUUAUUAUUAGUUUGUUGCGGCCAGAUGUUUUGCCACUCGCAUGGUUGUGGUCAUUUCUCUAUUUCGUCCUUCAAGACUCUCAUCAUCCUGUCUGCAAAAAUAAUCUUUAGUUCGUUCAGGAUCUCUGAUUGUUGUGUAUGUUUUCAUUCAGGAUUUGAGCUUGAGGUUUUAAUCAAUCUCACGUUUUCUGGAAAGUGUUUGCUUCUUUUUAAGAUCCCAGUUUGUGGUAUUUUGUUCUCAGACAUCGUGGCUUUAUCUCUAGUUGAUGACAAAAUAAGCUACUGAUAAAUUGUUAGCACAGGAGAAGUUAGUAACUAAGGUUUGCGAAUCAUUCUGAUGUGAACAUACUGAUGAUAAGAACAUUUUUGAAAGGAAGCGUCCACAGAUAUGAUUCUGUCUCAUGACAUGAGCAGAUGAUGCGUUAACAGAAAUCUGUCUGUUUGCUUUAACAUAGCCGAAGACAGAUUGUUUUUGUUUUAAUAGGUCGCUUGUACAACAUUUCAAGUUAUCUGGAGUUGAGUAGUGUUUAGAAAUCUAGCUCUCGUACACACUUUUCUCUUUUUUCAAUGCAAAAUGAAAAAAAUAGUGAUUUCAACUCAUGUGAAGUACAAUCUUUUUUUUUUUUUAGGAAACAAUAUAUGACAUGAUUUGAUUCCAAGUUUGCUUCAGUAAGGUGAAGUUCUGAAUCUGGGCUGCUAGAUUGUGUGUGUGUGUGUGUGUGUGUGUGUGUGUGUGAGAGAGAGAGAGAGAGAGUGUGUGUGUGUGUGUGAGAGAGAGAGAGUGAGAGAGUGUGUGUGUGCGCGUGUGUUUUGUACAUGUACAAUGAUGGCACAGCUUUUAGGAAUAUGUAAAGAUGAAGAAGAUGAUGAUGAUGAUAAAUGAACAUACAAUUAACUAAAUAAAUAAAGAGAAAUUCUUCCAA